AUGUCAACCGAAGACAUCAAUUCAAUAAAGAAGUUUCUAAAAUUUUAAAAGAUGCACAAGAGUUUACCCUCUUCAAUUCCAAUCUAAAUGGGCUUAGAUUCAAAAGCUUACAAAUUAAUUGUGUCUAGAAUUGGUGGAUUUAGACGUCCUUAAAAUCCUGUGUUGAAUUUGUAAUUCUCAGUAGCUGCUAACUUUUUUAUUUAAAAUUAACAAGGAGAGAAAUGUUUUUUUGGGCGAACAUAUAAUAGUCCUCGUUUAAAUGUAGAAUUUGGACCUGAUGGAGUAAAUUAUGAACAUCCAAUAAUACCAAUAUAUUAUCAUACUAGAAUACUAAAUAAUAAAGAUGUUCCUUUAUUGAUUAUUUUAGAAGUAUAGGCUUAUGAAUCACAAUAAGAUUUAGUAUUAAAACGAAUGCAUUUAGGUUGGUGUGAACUGUAAGCUUUAACAAUCACUACUUAAUCAACUAAGCUUAAUUUUAGAAAGGGUAGUCCAAGAAUAUUGUUAUUGGGUUAAUAAGUUAAUUUUGAAUCCUCUGGUAUUUCCAUGACAUGUGAUAUAGUAUAAAGUGAAGAAUUCUAGAUUAGUAUGCAUUUGGCACCAGAAAAUGCAUUAUGUGGAUUGGGUGAUGAGUUACCUGGACUUAAAAAGAGUUUUGUUGGUGGAGAUUUUGAAUUGUAGAGAAGUAUGGUUGUAUUUAUGAGCAAAAUUUAAGUUCUCAUUCCUGAUAAUAUGGAAGCUGAUAUAUAUAGAUAAGUGUAGAAAUAUAGAACUUAUAAAUACAGAACUCCUGAAGAUUAUAAGGGAGAUAUAUAGAUUAUAAAUAAAAGAUUAAUAGUUGCAUUUCAUAAUGGUUGGACAUUCAUAAAUACUAGAGGCACAAAUAAUUUUGUACCUCUUGGAGAAACUAGAAUGUUAGUUAAUGAAUUUGUUGAUCAAAAAUAAAUCUAAUAUAAACAAUUAGCAUAUCAUGGAGUUAUUGAUAUUAAUAAUGUCUGUUCAACUGAUCCAACUGUUAAUUCUGGAAUGCUUGUAGUUUAAUUAGAAUAUGAAGCUAUGUUUUUAGUAUCAAAUGUGACUAAAGAAACAAUGUAAUUGACACUUGGAUGGAUACCAAUAUACAUCAAUAAUAAAUUUGGUGCUGAUGAAAUUGUUGAUGAGGAUUUCAUUGUAGGACCAGGAAAAACAUUAGAUGGAAGACCACUUGUAUCAUUUUCUAAUUCAGAUUCAUCUAUUAAGAUAAAAGGGAGUCUAAAUCUCUCAGGUGGAGGGUUUUAAAUCUAAGAUUUAUAUAUGGGGGCUGCUUAACAAUAAUAAUAAUAAUAAUAAUAAAUUCCUUAAUAACUAGCAUAUUAAUAAUAAUCUAAUUUAAAUUAACCUAAUUAGUAAUAAGCAUAAAUUAGAUAGGAGCAGGUAAGAGGAUCAGAAAUAGAUCUACGUACUUAAGUAAAAUUGAAAGAUUUUGAAUAGUAAUUAUUAAGAUUACAAGAGGAAAAUGAAAGAUUGAGAAGAUUAGCAAUUUAAUAAUCUUCAGAUCCUUAAAAAUAAUAAGAAUAUUUAUAGGCAAUUGAAAAACUUAGAGAAGAAAAUAGAUUAUUACAAUUUACAUAAGCUCGAUAAUUUGAAGGCUUAGAAAAAUUAAUAAAAGAUUAAAAAGUAAUUGAUAGAAGUGCUGCUCCUCCUGUUGUUUUGGCUGAAGCAAAACCAUAAAAUACAGUAAUAAAACCAAUAGAUUCUUAUGCUUAUCCAGUACCAUCAGCUACAUUAAAACCAAUUACUAGAACAGAUGUUACAGCUUUAAUAGAUGAUCCUGUAUCAAUUGAUUAAGAAAAUAGAUUGAUGGCACUUGAAUAGUCUGAUGAAAGAAAGGAUUAAAUAAUUGUAAUAUAACCAGUAUCUAUCAAACAAAUCUUAGGACCAUAUCCUAUUUGUAAAUCAGUUUAAAUAGGAAUUAUAUUUUAUGAUUUGUAAACAUUUAAAUCACCAUUUCUAAAUCUAGAAUAUUAUAAUGAUGAAAGAAAUUUUAAAUAUAAUUUAGAAAAUGGAAAUCCUUUAAGACUUUUAUAUAAUAAUGAAAUUUUUAGUUGUAAGUUUAAUGUUGAAGCAUCUCUACAAAGAUAUGCAAAUUUAGAAAUGGAUUUUGCAAGAUAUUUAUUUAAUAAACAUUUAAUUUUAGAUAUUUGGGAUAGUGAAAGCUUAUUUCUUUUUGGUAGUGUAAGAAUACCAUUAAGAGGGAUAUUGAGAGGUGGUAAAUAGAAUGCAUAAAUUAUGGCUGAUGUUGAAAUUAUAGAUCCUUAAUCAAAGAGGGUUAAAGGAACAUUAUAAAUUGUGAUUAAAAAUAUUGGUAAGAUUGGUUAAUAAGACAUGAGUAGGACAGUUCCUUUAGAAAGUACUUAAAAUGGAUUUCAGAAAAAGAAAUUAGUUUCUGAAAAACCUGUAAAUAGAAUGGAAGUUCCACCACAAACUUUUUAAGGAAAUAGUAUUUAAGAUCGUAUAAAAAAGAUUAAAUAAUAAAAUUUAUAAGAAAUGAAUAAAAAUAAAUAAAGCUAAUAAAGAUCAUUAAAUGAAGUGCUUAAAUACAAAGAAAUUAAGAAACCAUCAUUAGUAAGAACUAUAAUGUAAGGAUUCUUAUAAAAUGAAAAAGUAGUUCAUUCAUUUUAUGGUAAAUGCGAAAUUGUUCCACUUUAUUUUAAAAAUACACAUCCAAAACCUGAAUAAUUUACUGUUAAUAUAGAAGAUCCUGAAAGCAGAAUGUUAGAAUACUAAGAAUUCUUCUUAAUUGGCAAUCCAUCUGAAUGGAAAUAUUGGGUUACUGUUAAUAAAUAUCCAGAACCAGAUAACUAUGAUUUAAUUAGAAUGAAAGAAAAUUAAGGAAAAACUUAAUAUUAUUUUAUUUUAGAUCCAAACUAAGAAGUUACUUUAUUAUUUAAAUUUAUAAGUUUUAGAUAAUAUGAUUAUAGAGUUGAUGAUCAUGAGAGAACUCCAGAAUAUAUCAAAAAAUAUAUGUAAUCUCGUCAUAUUACUAUUUUAUUACAAUAGGAUGGCAAAAUGAUGGAUGGAUUACGUAUAAUAGUUGAACCUCAUUAAUAACCAAUAGAUCAUAUAUUAAGAUUUUAUGAAAGAGAAAAUCGUUAAACAAGACUUAUUAUUCCUAGAUUAUUCAAUUAACCAUUACAAUAAUAACCUCAUGUACAUAUAAUUGAUCCUGAUGUUAUGAUAGAAUGGUCAUCUGAUUUUAACUCAAUAAGAUUAAAUCUAAGAAUAGGGGAACCAUAAAGUGUUAAAAUAUUUAACAUACUUUUAUAUUAAGAUUAAUAUCAACAUCAAGUAAUAGCUAAUUGGAAAAUAGAAGUUUAUAGUUUAUCUACUAUAGAUAUUGCAGUACCUUUAGGUUAAAAAGUGUGUACUAAAAUAACAUUUCCUUGUGAUAUUACUCGUAUUAUUAAAAUGACAUCCUCAAAUAAAAUGAUUUCAUUUGUCAAACCAUUUGACUCUGAAAUAACUAUGUUACCAGGUAAAAUUAAUUUAGUUCCUAUCAAUAUUUUGGCACUGCAAGAUGGCAAACAUUUAAUUAAAUUAAAUGGAGUAGAUAUUCACUCUCAAGAACUAAUUUAUUCUUGGUUAGUGAAUGUACAUGCUGAACCUUAACCUCCAAGCGCAACUUAUGAUUUGAGGUAUUGAUUUAUUUACCUUUUUUUUAGAUGUAUUGAUGGAAGAGAGUCUCGACAUUAAGUAAAUUAUAAGAAUUAAGUCAAUUACACUACAUAAUAUAAUCUUAUAUCUUCAAGUGAAUUUGUUAAAGUAAAUUAUUAAAAACCAUUUUUUAUUAGAUUAUUGAUUAAAGCAUAUCUACAGGACCUAAUGAAAUUGUUCAAUUUAAAAUCCGAGUAUUGCCUGGUAGUGAGGAAUUAGUACGUAUCUUUAUUACUGACAUUGAUGAAAGAAUUUUUGAUGUCAUAGUACUCAAUAUCAAAUAUGUUUAUUGA